AUGGCAUCAUCAGCAAUUGCACCAACAAGUGGUUCAAAUGCAGCAUAUCAAGAAGAGAAAUUACAUCAUACACCAUGGGUAGAAAAGUAUAGACCAAAAAACUUAACAGAUAUAUCAUCACAAGAACAUGCUGUAAAAAUUCUACAAAAACAAAUCACUUCGGGGAAUAAUAAUUUACCACAUAUGUUAUUUUAUGGUCCUCCUGGUACUGGUAAAACAUCAACAAUAUUAGCUUUAGCUAAACAAUUAUAUGGUCCCAAUUUGUAUAAGUCUAGAGUAUUAGAAUUAAACGCAUCCGAUGAAAGAGGUAUCUCAAUAGUUAGACAAAAGAUCAAGAAUUUUGCAAAAUUAACUGUAAGUAACCCUAGUGAAGAAGAUUUAAAAAAUUAUCCUUGUCCACCAUACAAAAUCAUUAUAUUGGAUGAAGCUGAUUCAAUGACCAAUGACGCACAAUCAGCAUUAAGAAGAACAAUGGAAACUUAUUCAAAUAUUACAAGAUUUGCUUUAGUGUGUAAUUAUAUUACUAGAAUCAUUGAUCCUUUAGCUUCAAGAUGUUCAAAAUUUAGAUUCAAAUUGUUGAAUAAUGAAAAUUCAUUAAACAGAUUGAAAUAUAUAAGUGAUGAAGAAAAUUUACAAUUUGGAGAAAAUGAAAAUGAUGUAUUGAAUGAAAUUUUAAGAAUAAGUAAUGGAGAUUUAAGAAAAGCAAUAACUUUUCUACAAAGUGCAUCAAAAUUGAGUUUAAGUUUACGAAAUGAUAAUGAAAUUGGGAGUGAAGAUGGAUUAAUUACUAAGGCGUCUAUAAGAGAAACAGCUGGGAUUUUACCAGAUGAAUUGAUUAAAACUUUGAUUAAUAAAAUGCAAAAUUCUAAUCAACCAAACAAAAUAUCAAAUUUAAUUGAAUUUAUCAACGAUAUCAUACUCAAUGGUUGGAGUGUACAACAAUUAAUCGAUCAAUUACAUGAUUUUUUAAUAUUAGAUGAUACUUUAUCACUGGAACAAAAAAACCAAAUCAGCUUUGCUUUAUUUGAUUGUGAUAAAAAGUUGAAUUUGGGUACUGAUGAACACAUUCAAUUAUUAAACAUUAUUUUGUCUAUAGCUAAAAUAUUAUAG